UCGUAACCUGAUAUGACCAGAAGGUGAAAAUUUAUAACAUGGCGGUGGGUGGCAAAUGUACUGUCGUUUUACUUCUUUUCUUCUACUUUAUAAGCCUGGAAUCCCUCUCAUUUGCAGCAGGUGAGCCAUGGAAUCGUACCAUUUAUGUAUCUCCCAAGGGAAACGAUUCCGACACUUGCGGGGACGAAGAUUUUCCUUGCAGAACAGUCGAUCAAGGCUUGCAAAAUGCUGUCACCAAAGGAGCAAGUUCAACUCGUGUGCUGCUAGAGAGAGGACAAUACAAUCUAAACACAAGCUUUAACUUCACGAAUAUCGAAAAUUUCGCUAUCYAUGGAGAAGGAGGUGCUGAAGAAGUCAUCAUAACAUGUGCUGAAAACACGAGCCUUGCAUUUACACUCGUGAGGGAUUUGYUUUUCCAAGGUUUCACUUUAAGAAAGUGUGGAGGAUGGCAUGCUAGUUCCGUAGGUAAAGAAGACUGGAAAGGUAACAUUUCUAAUCCUAAGUUCAUAUCAGCCGUGUAUAUCAACUAUUGCUAUGGCUUACAGUUUCUGAACGUGACGAUUGCAGACACUCCCGGAGUUGGACUCAAUGUUUAUACAGUGUCUGGGAAAGUUGUGAUUUUGAAUUCCAAUUUUGAUCGUAAUGUACCGAAUGAUUCAAAUCAAACUGUGCAAAAUCAAAACAUUGAUUACUACCAAGAAAUCCUGGCUGAGUCUUCUGGACGUUUUGCCAAAGCAGGAGGUGGUGUCUUUCUCUCUGUUGGGGAGAUGAAAUAUAACCCUCUCAACCCCCUGGAAAUUCCAAGAAAGGAAGCAAUCAUAUACACGAAACCAACUGACAUCAUUAUACAGAACUGCUAUUUUACCAACAAUAUAGCACCUACACCAGACAUUGCAAUACCAGAGAUUCCAACCCUUCCCUUUAGUCGUGGUGGAGGGCUGGCCUUGUUUUUAUUUGGUAACUCAACUGAUAACCGUGUUGUUAUUGAUUCUAGUGUGUUUGCUAAUAAUACUGCUGUUUGGGGUGGGGGUAUGCAGAUUGAUUUACAAAAUAGAACGGCGAAUAAUACUGUAAAGGUAACAAAUACUGUAUUUGAGAACAACUUUGCACGWGCAGAAGGAGGUGGUUUCCGAUUGUCAAGUACUGUUGAACAGGAUUUCCUUAUUCUGCCCAACAUCUUCAAUUUCGCAUCAUGUCAAAUAACAAACAAUUCUGCUCUCUGGGGAGGAGGCUUGGCAACUUAUGGUGCAACAUCGCUAGCACCACUAAAUACGCUUGUACAAUUCAAACAAACUGAGAUUACGUUCAAGUSUUGUAAUAUCUCUAGGAAUUCUGGAACCGUUGGCUCUGCUAUUGGUGCCUUCUUGGUGAAUCGAAACGAAGAUGAUAUAGGCCCUGGUUUACCAUACGAUAUCAUAUUUGAGCACUGUGAUAUAUCACACAAUAAUGUCACUACAGCUUCAAAAAGCUAUGUAGUUGGUCAAGGAGCUAUUUAUGCUGAUGAAGUUCCCUUAGUCUUCAAGAACAAUGUAAUAAUCUCAUAUAAUAAUGGCACUGCUGUUGUAUUAGACUCUGCCAUUAUGGAAGUACAUAACAAUGUUGUUUUUGAGAACAACAAAGGAUUUAGAGGAGGGGCAAUAUCACUUUAUGGAAGUGCUAGAAUAAUUUUAGCAAAACGCUCAAAGCUUUCUUUUCUCCACAAUUUUUGCGAAGAAAAAGGAGGAGCAUUGUAUAUCGAGGCACCAGGACCACCACUAGUUAGCUUUAAUGCCAAUGGRGCACAAAUACAUAAAUGUUUCUUGGCUUAUUAUAAAGAUGGUAUUGAUUACAAUGAAUGGGAUACAGAAAUAAUAUUUCAAAAUAACAGUGUUGGAGACAAAUCAUUUGAGAUAAAUUCCUCUGGAAGAUCAGUUUUUGCAUCGACAUUGCGUGACUGUCUUAGAGUGGGAGAGACCAGAGAUAAAAACACUGCCUUAGAGUGGAAGUUCAUUAAAUACCGAGGUGGAGGAGGGGAAAAUGUGAGCUUUAAAGGAGAGGUAGUCACUGAACCUAUAGACAUUAUUUUUAAUUCCUCAGAAUGGAUCGUCGCUCCAAGCCAAGUUUUUAAUGCAACYGUCGAGUUGAUUGAUGAAAAGGGAAAUAAUGUAUAUGGUAUUGUGCAAGUCUUGAUUCAUUCUAAUCCUUCAGUAAGUCUCAAAGGAACUUCAGCAUUAUUUCUUGUUURCAACCACAUCAAAGGGCUCGCAAUAAGAGGAAAACCUGGAGAUAAAUUUAAAGUCGAACUCAAGACAACUGGUAAACAUCUGGUGCAAAAGACACUUGGUAAUCUCACUGUGCAGAAUUGUUUUCCUGGAUUUCUUUUCAAUAAGGAUGAUCAUGACUGUGUAUGUGCWUCGAAGGAUCAAAGUGGAAUAUAUAACUGCAGUGAAGAUGGAAAAACAUUGUUCAUUCGGGAUGGAUACUGGGCUGGAGUAGUAAACGAUAAAUUCUUAACUUAUAUCUGUCCUGAUACUUACUGCAGAGCUAAUGGCUUAUCAAAUGGUCAGGCACAAGCAUAUAAAUAUGAACCUGAUAAAAUGUGCAUUGAGAGUCGGAAGAGUGAUGGUAUACUCUGUGGCGCUUGCAAAGCAAAUUAUACYGUUGUGCUUGGCAGUGAAGAAUGCWGCUCUGAAUGCUCUAAUCUGUACUUGCUCACUGUAAUACCAUAUGGAAUAGUCCUUUUCUUGAUAGUAAUGCUUGUUACAUUGAUCAACCUGRAUGUUUUCACUGGCUACCUGAAUGCAUGGCUGUACUCUUUCCAAGUGAUGACCUUAUUAUUCAUUGAAGGCUUUACGUUGGAUUCCUUUAUGCAGUUUAUGAUUGGGUUGGCCAAUAUUAAGAUAAAAUUACCCAGAGGAUCUUGUUUCAUGGAAAAGAUGGACGAUGCCGACAAGCUAGUGAUAAUGUAUAUUUUACCGGUGUACAUAUUCAUUGCAGUCUACAUUCUAGCCAAAGUGGUCCGCAAGUACCCAAACUGGUGUUACAGUCGUCGGGUAAAGGCACCGUUCCGUGCCCUCUGCACCCUGUUUGUGUUAUGUUACACCAAUAUCACCACRAUCACUCUCAAGCUCUUGUACCCAGCUCACAUUGGAGGGAAGACAGUCUUGUUUAUGGAUGGCCAAGUGGAUUUCUUUAAAGGAAAGCAUAUUGGAUAUGCAGUUAUUGCAAUUCUCUUCCUCAUAUUCAUAGUCAUCCCAUGCCCAUUGAUCCUCAUGUUCACACCAUUCAUCACCAAGCUUUUGAGACCAUUAGUAAAUGUCUUCACUCUAAAGCCAUAUUAUGAUGCAUUCCAAGGCUGCUUCAAGGACGAAUACCGCUGGUGCUCUGCAUUCUACUUUGUUUGUCGCCUGUACCUAAUCAUAAUAUCAACUUACAUGACUCCAAGUCCCAUGAAACGAGCUAUACUCGAAGACUCCUGCAUGAUCAUUCUAGCUGUAUUCGUGUACCUGAAACCUUACAAGCAAGAAUACAAUUGGCUCAAUCUUUUAGAUGCUGUUCUCCUAAGUAACCUUGGUAUCAUGGCCAUUUUCAGCACAGCCCUCCAGAAUGCUCAAAGCUUUGGCCUGUCUUAUAUUGGAACCAUUAAGCUCUUUAUUCGCAUGUUGUCCUACGUGCCACUGGGUUAUCUCUUGUGCUYGUYGAUUUACCAGGCGUUCAAGUAUCGUGAAGCCCUGAAAGCCUACAUGAUCAUGAAAAUGAAGUCCAGGGAAGAUAGUGUUCUGAUAGAUGGCUACAGCGAUGCCGAACCUCAGUCUCUUGUCAGUGAUCCUGAAAAUGCACAUCAGCUGGACAAUGUAGUCACUUAAGAAAUGGUAAGGGAGAUAUCAUGGCCUUGGUGGCAAAGACCUACAUUUUGUUUUUACUAUAGCAUAAUAAAUAAAACAUGUAUKCCUAGUUUGAGAAUUUCUAUUUGUGCAACAGAAGGCAAGACAUCUAGCAAGGAGGCUAUAGUACCACUAGCCAGGGAAACUUCAAAGAAGCAGUGAUAUCAAAGUUCAAGCUUAAGACAACGUGCUGAAAAUAUUGUACAAUAAUGAAACAUGUAGAUAUUUAGAAUAAUUAAUUAUACAAUAAUUAUAAUUAAUUAUAAUAAUUAUUAACUGUCCAAUUAUUUUCUUAGUUGGACAGGCCAGUUGUUGAUAUGGAAUUAAUUAGGCAACUAUAUAAUUAAUAGGUAAUGGGAUUUCAUGCUCCCCAAUCAAGAAAUAAUUAGACUGGAAAAAUUCCUCUGACUGCCAAAUUGGACUCGGCCUACAGCCUCAUCCAAUUUUGUCAGUCCUCAGAGUUUUCCUCAUCCAAUUAUUUCUUAAUUGGACAGCAUGGAAUUCUAUUACAUAUACUAAUAUGAUUCUAUAAAAUGAUUCUAUUCUGGAACAUGSAGUUUGUAUUAUGUACUUCUAUAUAACAUUAUAUCUAGGCUUAAUAUAAUAAAUAAUAAAAAUCUUUAGAGGAUACCUGAAAUUCAAAUUUGAGAAAAAUUUUUAUUUCGUAUUGCUAAUAUCRAAACUAUUGUACUAUCUUAAUAUCAAUUUUACUAAUGAGAAAAUGUAGUUUUGAUUGCUAUGACCAAGAUUAAAUAAAAUUGAAUCGG